GUGGUGACGUGACGACGCUCCAGCCUGCGCUAAAUCGUCUUACGAAGAGAUUGAGCGCUGUCCAGUGUGUUUUAUUAGUAGAAAAGCACAUCUUUACUCGGGUUUAGUUCGCCAACAAACGCAGACAGUAGCAAGUGAUCAUGGCGUCGGUGUUGGACGCGCUCUGGGAGGACAGAGACGUGAGAUUUGACAUCACUGCACAGCAGAUGAAGACCAGACCAGGUGAAGCACUCAUCGACUGCCUGGAUUCAAUUGAGGACACAAAGGGAAAUAACGGAGAUAGAGGGAGACUCCUGGUGACCAAUUUGAGGAUAAUCUGGCAUUCGCUAGCACUUCCAAGAGUCAACCUGUCUGUGGGAUACAACUGCAUUAUUAAUAUCACCACAAGGACUGCGAAUUCCAAACUAAGAGGUCAGACUGAAGCGCUUUACAUAUUAACCAAAUCUAAUAACACUAGAUUUGAGUUCAUCUUCACGAAUGUGGUCCCAGGAAGUCCGAGACUCUUUACAUCUGUCAUUGCAGUUCACAGGGCUUAUGAGACGUCUAAAAUGUAUCGAGAUCUAAAACUCAGAGGAGCACUUAUUCAGAACAAACAGCUGAGGCUUCUGCCACAGGAGCAGGUUUAUGACAAGAUUAACGGAGUAUGGAACCUGUCUAGUGAUCAGGGUAAUCUUGGGACGUUUUUCAUUACUAAUGUGAGAAUCGUGUGGCAUGCCAACAUGAAUGAGAGCUUCAACGUCAGCAUUCCCUAUCUGCAAAUUCGCUCCAUAAGGAUUAGAGACUCAAAAUUUGGACUUGCUCUUGUGAUUGAGAGCUCUCAGCAGACAGGGGGGUAUGUGUUGGGAUUCAAGAUCGAUCCAAUGGACAAGUUACAGGAUGCAGUGAAGGAAAUCAACUCCCUGCACAAAGUGUACUCCGCAAACCCUAUUUUUGGUGUGGAAUAUGAGAUGGAGGAAAAGCCUCAGCCCCUGGAGGAGCUGACCGUAGAGCAGCCGCCUGAUGAUGUGGAGAUUGAGCCGGAUGAGCACACGGAUGCUUUUACUGCUUAUUUUGCAGAUGGAAAUAAGCAACAUGAUCGUGAGCCGGUGUUUUCUGAAGAACUGGGUUUGGCAAUAGAGAAACUGAAAGAUGGAUUCACACUUCAGGGACUCUGGGAAGUCAUGGGUUGAAAACACUCUGUACAGUUGUAUAUUGUAGCAUUGCAUUGUUGUUUACAUUUAACAUCAAGAGUUUUCAUUAGAAUUUUGUAUUUAUUUUCAGAAUAUUUAUUUAACGUUUGAUAAAGACGUAUGUUUACAAAUCAUGAGGACCAAAUGUAAGAAAAUAAUGCUGAAAAAAAAAAACUAAAAUACCAAUGUAUAAGCAGAUGCAGAAACAUGUAUAUAUGUAUUCAAUAGAUAUAUUUGUAACCGGUUAAGAUUACUUUGUGUAGAUAAAAGUUACAUGAUGACUUUGCUGUUGUUGUGUAGUAAUACAAUUAUUAGAAAAUGUUUUAAAUCAGGAGUUUGCAUGUUCUCCCCAUAUUGGCAUUGGUUUCCUCCGGGUGCUAAGGUUUCCCCCACAGUCCAAAGACAUGCGCUAUAGGUGAAUUGAAUAAACUAACUAGGCCAUAGUGUAUGAGAGUGUGUGAAUGAGUUUAUGGGUGUUUUCCAGUACUGGGUUGCUGCUGGAGGGGCAUCCGCUGUGUAAAACAUAUACUGGAAUAGUUGGUGGUUCAUUCUGCUGUGGUGACCACUGAUAAAUAAGGGAAUGAGCCAAUAGGAAAUGAAUAAAUUAAUGUUUUAAUCAAUUACUCAUUUAAGAAAUUUUGAUAGUAGUGUGUCAGGAGCUCAACUACUUACAAAUGAUCUGAUUAUUUACGUACAGCUGUUGUUUUUUUUCCCAACCAC